AUGGCCGAUUUUGGUCCUGCAAAGAAGUCAUUCGCAGCAGCCGACACAGUGGAGCUUCUCGCAGACCGUAUUAUCCGCCAUCAUGGCUUUCCAGAGGUGCUCAUUCGGACCGAGACCCCCGCUUUCAGUCGGAUCUCUGGCAACAACUCUGUAGCGGCUCUAAUACCAAAGGCUGCAUGUCCUCGUCCCGCCAUCCACAAAGCGACGGUGAAACUGAAAGGGUUAACCGCACACUCGAGCAGAUGCUUCGGACCUACAUCCAAUCUGACGAACGCCAGUGGGAGCGUUUGCUUCCGGCCUUGGAACUUGAUUACAACACGACAAGCCAUUCAACUGCCGAGCUCUUUCCCUCCAAGGUCAUGA